GGUGAGAUGGAGGUGGCAUGACAUUGAGGUAGAUUUAGUGUUUAUGAGAGCCGUUUCACUUUCGGCUUUGAAAAUCAGACACCACCAAAUACGCCGUUUCAUAUCUUUUCACCGGCGCCUGUUCCCUAUGCAACAAGAGAAGUUCAAGAAAACGGCUCGUAAAGCAUCAAUUCCGGUGAGCAGCUUCCGGAACCCAUCCGUCGACCCUCAGAAUUAGCCAAACCCAUUGUACACGAUUGAUCCAGUAUGAAGAAGAAACAUUCCAGAUUCAAUUUUAGACGCAUUUUGACACGUUUGCGCCCGUUCACCAGUCAUGCUGCAUCUAUCGAGCAACUCCGCCUAACCCAUUAGGCUCUAUUUUGUGUAAUUGAAGGUCAAUGGACGAAGGCCUUAUUUUCUCAACUGUGGAUGUAGCAAGUGGUUUUGGAAGUGAGAAAUGGAAUCGAGAACUUAUGUGGAGUCUUACACUGCCACGACGGUUAAGAGCAUUGGUGGUUUUUGAACCAACGCUCUAGCAGAGGAGAUGAAGGAUUCAUUUCUCUUCCUUUCAUGUAUCUAUGCUCCCAUCUCUUAAAUGUCAUCUUAGAUUUCCCUCUUUCUAACCACCACAGGAGCUCGAUUUUGCCCUAUAGGUCUCACGGCGUCGCUGAUUUCAUGACUUAGAGCGCCAAUGAUUCUGCCAUUGUCAGACUCUGGUUUCAUUUUACACACCGCCUCUCUCACAAACGAAGAAAAAGCUUGAGGCUCAAUGUGGCGAUUGAGGGGCUGGCCCACUACCUCCGGCGAGUACAAGUAUAGAAUUCCAAGUUUCUUUCCUUCAACGUGGCGACAAUUAAAAAUGGAAUUGGUAUUACUGUACGUUCUAGCAUCUAGACUGCACAGUGAUACUCAAUAUGUGUUCGAUGAAUUGUCUCAGCGAGAUAGAGGGUGCAGGGCUGCAGCCAUGCCAUCUUAAAGCUCUUAUUCUUUCCAGGAUUGCCCACUCAAACUCUCUUAUCAACCUUUAUAGGAAACGCAGGGAUAUGGUACGCCAUAAGUUCUCUAGCACAUUUGAUUUUGUUGUGCUCUAAUGUUUUGAUUCAAUUCAUUGGAAAUCAUUAGUUCAAGAAGAUUCCUUGCCAUAACACAAUGUCCUCCCACAUAUGGUUUCAAAAUCUCAUUUAUUAGGAUGUUAUAAAGUUACGAUUGUUACAGUUUCUAUUUAUUUGGAGGUUGUGAUUAUGAUUGAUGGCUAUUUUUUUUAAUAAUGUACAUGUUAUAAGUUUUAAACAUUGCUCUAUGAUCUUAUGAUUCAAGUUAAGACCCUCGAUUUAGGACUCUAAUUGCAUAAGUGAAAUGAUGUCCUCAUAAUUGAAGCAUAUGGUGGCUUUCCUUCAAGGGUUGCGGGAAAUAUUUUCUUGCAACUAUUUCAGAUUGUUCAACUGAGAAGGUAGAAAGUUGCACGAUUGGGCCACUGAGAAGGUAGAAAGCUGCAUCAGUUUGGUUUAUUUUCAAGGCGGUUUCAUCAGCGAGAAUCAAAUCUCUAUUGUCUGAUUUUCACUACUGGAGCUACACACCAUAUGGGAUAUCUAAAAAAAUACAUUAAAACCUAUGCAUCUCUUAAAUGUCAUCAGAUGUCCCUCUUUCUGACCACCACAUGAGGUUGAUUUUGCCCUAAGGGUCGACUGAGAGUAGCAAUGGUUCUGCUAUUCUUGGAUUCUAGUUUCGUUUCACUCACCGCCUCUCUCACAAACGAUGAAAAAGGUUGAGGCUCAUAGAGGCCAUUGAGGGGGCUGGCCUAGCAAGACCACUAGCUGCGACAAGUACAAGUGUACAAUCACGAGUUUUCUUCCUUCAAUGUGGCGGUGUGAAAUGUGCAGUCUUGGACAAGAAAAAGGUCUUCUCUACGCAUAAUCAACCGUACUUUGUUAACAAUAGAGUUUGUUCAUAGGCUUUUCAAAAAAAAAGGAUGGCCUAGCAGAUAAGAUCCUGAGGUCUCAACCACCAGUACAAAUCUAGCACAAGUUCAUAUAUUAUACUUCUCUUACUGGUAUUAUUCUUGGCUCUAAUGAUCAUCCGCGGCAUGAAGGUAGAAUAUAGUACCGAAGCACUUUGUAUUUCAGUGAACCUGAACUGAACUGACGGGUUUCUGAUUGUUGGUAGCGAGCACUUUGUGGUCAAUGGUACUGGUGCCAGUUUGGAAUGGAUUCUUAUUACCUUGCCUCCAGUUUUACCAUUCGGGAAUUCUUUUCCAGUCUAAAGUUGUAUAUAAGUGUCAUCAAAUGCUCAUGAAGAAUUCAGUCAUAGCGGGAUGCUUGAACAACGAUCUCUGGUGACUUUUUGAAAGCCAUAUCCAUAGGGUCAUCUACAAUUAUGACGAGAAGCUUUUACGAUGGAAGCAAUGAAACUCUCAGCAUUUUUGCAAAUAAGGUACAUUAGAAACCUAUCAUUCCCACAGUUCCAUUAUUUAUUGCAUAGUGCAUUUGCACUCACUCUCCAUCUUUUGUUUUCAUAGUGCAUUCAACGAUAGGAAUCAUGUCAAUAUUGGGCAUAUUUGGCAAUUAUUAGCAAACUCAAGGUUUUUAUUCGUUUGACUUUUGUGUGCCCAUUAAUUUUUCCACUCAUGGCUAUUAAAAUUGCAUAUGAACUCCCUACACAUAUGUAAAAGAACACGAAGUAAACUAGGCUUAAUUAU